AUGGAUGAAAAGAACUACUCGGUGGUGACUGAGUUCAUCUUCAUGGGCAUCACUCAAGACCCUCAGCUACAGGUCAUCUUCUUCGUGGUCUUCCUGAUCGUCUACAUGGUUAACGUAGUAGGGAAUGUCGGCAUGAUUAUUUUGAUCAUAACAGACGUACAGCUUCACACACCUAUGUAUAUUUUUCUCUGCAAUCUCUCCUUUGUAGAUCUGGGCUACUCGUCAGCCAUUGCCCCCAGGAUGCUGGCUGACUUCCUAACUAAGCGCAAAGUUAUCUCCUUCUCCAGCUGUGCCACCCAGUUCGCUUUCUUUGUAGGUUUCGUAGAUGCUGAGUGCUAUGUCCUAGCUGCCAUGGCCUAUGACCGUUUUGUGGCUAUUUGUCGACCCCUCCACUAUAGCACACUCAUGUCCAAGCGAGUCUGCUGGGCCCUCAUGGUGGGUUCUUACCUCGCGGGUCUGGUGAGUUUAGUAGCCCACACUUCCCUCACCUUCAGUUUGAGUUACUGUGGCUCCAAUAUCAUAAAUCACUUCUUCUGUGAAAUCCCACCACUCUUGGCACUCUCUUGCUCAGACACCUACAUCAGUGAGAUCUUGCUCUUUAGUCUGUGUGGUUUCAUCGAGUUCAGCACCAUCCUCAUCAUCUUCAUCUCCUAUUUUUUCAUCCUCAUUGCCAUUAUCAAAAUGCGCUCAGCUGAAGGUCGUCUUAAAGCUUUCUCCACCUGCGGGUCACACCUCACAGGCGUCACCCUCUUCUACGGUACUGUGAUGUUUAUGUACCUGAGACCAACAUCUAGCUACUCCCUGGACCAGGACAAGUGGGCUUCUGUUUUCUAUACAAUUAUAAUCCCUAUGUUGAAUCCUUUAAUCUACAGUCUACGAAACAAGGAUGUGAAAGCUGCUUUCAAAAAAUUAUGUGGGAAAAAACCACAAUAA